AUGAAGAGACCAAGCGAUAGAAGCUCCCACUCUCUAGUUGGAGCAACUGGCGGUGAAGAGUUGGUCUCCAUCUGCCGUCCUGAUCCUGGUAAACAGGCUUCCCCCUUCCCCCAGCGUAAUUCUUGUUGUUUCUUUUGUCCUUUUGCUUUCACCGGCUUAUUUUUUGAGCACCGCAAUGGUUUCCUCCAUCUCGUUGUGAUCAGAGGACGAGAGGGGACAGCUGAUCGGAGCCGGAGAUGGCGAAGACUGCGGAGAGAAGGACCUCUCCCGCGGGGGGGUAGCCGGCAGCGGCGCUGGAGAUGGGGACUCUUCCCCCAGCGCAACGGGGGAGAAGAAGCGUCGACUGAGCGUUCAACAGGUGAAGGCACUGGAGCGGAACUUCGAGGUAGAGAACAAACUGGAGCCUGAGAAGAAGGUUCAGCUAGCAAAGGAGCUGGGCCUACAGCCCCGGCAGGUGGCCGUUUGGUUCCAGAACCGCCGAGCAAGAUGGAAGACGAAGCAGCUGGAGCGCGACUACGCCCUCCUCAAGUCCGACUACGACUCUCUCCAGCUCUCUCUCGAGGCCCUCCGCGUGGACAACCGGGCUCUCCUUGCCGAGGCAAGGACCUGAUCAUUCACCCUUCAUCCCUGGAAUAGUUCCUCCUCCUUUGUUGACGAUCGGAACGGCUAAUGAUCGAUCUGUACAGAUCAAGCAGCUCCGCGCAAAGCUGACAGAAGAAGAGGCUCCCCGCCCCAACGCAGCCUUAGCUGUGAAGGAGGAGCCGGCGGCGUCCGCGUCCGACAACAAAGUCGUCUCUUCGGAGGCAGAAGAAGAGAUCAUCGAGGCGGAGUUAGAGGUGGACGAAGUGGCGCCUCUCCCGAAUUUCAUCAACAAGGACGGCUCCUCGACGGACAGCAGCGACUCCAGCGACAUCGUUAAUGCCAACGGCGAAGACAAUCACACCACCACCGCUAGUCAUCCCCACCACCGCGACAUGGAUGACCAGUUCCCCUCGUCAGACCAACAUCAACUUCUGGGAUCUCCUCCCUCACCCAUGGGGCCCUUCGAUGGUGGCGGCACCAGGUGCUACCCCAACAUCCUCCCGUUCUACCAGCACAGUCACUUCCAGCUGCUUUCCUCCUCCACUCCACCUCCACUACCGCCAUUGUUGAGGAUGGCGGAUGACCAUAACUUCGUCGUCGUCCACGAGCCUAGCAGCGGAAACCUCUUCUCGGACGACCAGCUUCCCGCCCUUCACUGGUGCUGCCCCGACAACUGGAGCUGA